AUGGACAGAGCUUCUUCUCGUUCUCCACGCCCUAUAUCACGAAGCGAUCUACACCAGCAGCCAGAGACCAGUUUGCUAGAAAAUGCAUCUAGUUUCAGCGUAGUAACGCCAUCCGUGAUCGGGGCCGUCUCAGCACGAAUUCCGAACUCGCCUCCAGCCAGCUCAGGUAAUAGCGGUGCUAUUCAGGAAGGGCUUGGGAGCUUGAAUCGCUGGUCCCAGUCCACAGCAUCCAGCAAGAGCCCUCCCAAUCAUAUAGAUUACCGCCAGGGAAGUUACUCCAGAAUGUCUAAUUCUGGCGAUCAUACAUCACCCAAACGUUCCAAAAGCCCCAUAACAACAAAUGUCACCUCCCAUCUGUCACAAGCAGACCAUAUUCCCCACAGCGCAACUGUGGCCAGCCCCGUGGGACUACCUGCCAUUGCUCUCCCGGAAAUCGGCAUGCUAUCAACUUUUUCAACCGGUAUCAUGGGCAAAGUUCCGUCGCAACCUGGAUUCGUAUCCCCUGAGUCUUCAUCGAUCUCCGCCAACAUGUUUCAAAACCCCUGGAAGGGACAGGGCUCCGAAAUGGAGAACCUCCAGCAAUUUGCCAUUGAGGAUCGCGCUCCUUGUGUACCACAAUUUCAGAAUCGAGUCUUGGAAGAUGGCGGAUAUACAAUUGAUGAAGGCCCAUAUCCAUCUAUCGGAAAAGACGAAAAGAGCCGAGGGAAACGGCAACGUGGUCAUUACCAGAAAGCGACGCUUUCGAAAGCGUUACAGAAGGCAAACACGGCCGUUCUUCUUGAUAAUGCUGCGAAUUUUGAAGGUGCCAUGGAAGCUUACAAUGAUGCCUGUCAUUUACUACAGCUGGUUAUGCUCCGUAGUAAUGGGGGCGAUGAUGAGAAGCUAAAGCUCCAAGAAAUCCGUGAUACAUAUAUGAUUCGAAUAACUGAAUUGCAGCGCAUGGACUUUUCAUUUCAAGAAGCUGAUCAUAAAGCACUGCCUGAACGACCCUUGAGUCAGGAGUCAUAUGGUGACCUGUUCCGACCACUUGAGGAUGACGAGGACGAGGCGUUUUCAGGAACAAGUAUGAGCCCUUUGCAGACCACUACAGAUUUCCGUCAUCAAACGGUGCCCGAAGGACAGAAGGAACUAGCUUCACACCGGAUCCCACCAAGACGCCAAUCAUUAUUGCCUUCGGCGUUUGAUGAUGAAAUACGAUACGCUACUGCUUCACCAAAUUUCAGAGGCCAGCAUGAUCGUUCCCACUCCGAGCUGUCUUGGCAAACCCUUCAAAAUGAACGUUUAGAGGCCACUAACCGUACACUGCAUGGUGGCUCGCCGCCAACACUUUCACCCAGAGAGCAGUCUCCCGAAGCAUCGAACCUAGGGGGAGAUCUCUCUUACGGUGGCAAAUAUUCGGAGUUGUCCUUGCUUGGCACCCACGUUAAGGAUGCCAAUGAAUCAACCUCAUGGCUUGACACCAUUGAUGAAUCCGGUGCCUCAUCCCCAUCUUCUAUGCGCUCUAAAACAUCUUCUGUAUACUUGCGACAUAAGAAAAACCAUCACUUCAGCCACGGCACAGAGGCUGAAUUUGAUGCUGCGCUUGAUGCAGCUGUUGAAGCUGCCUAUGAUGAUGGUUUAGAACCGGCAGUAGGGCUGAGCGACAAAGAUGAUGAUAUCGUGGCGAAUGCUCGGCGAAACGUUGAGCUGGCAAAGCAAAAAGUGAGAGAGGCGGAGCGAGAAGCAGAGGUAGCAAUGACGCGUGGCCGAGAGAUGCGUCGUUUUCAAGAUCAGGAACAACCAUAUACAUUCGAUUCAGAUUACCUCGACGAAGAAGCAGAAGAGGAGGAGCGCCUGUUAGAGGAAAUGACCAGGGAGUAUGUCAUGGAUGAUUUUGAAUUUGAUAUUCAGUCCAAAUCUGCUCUUCCUCGGCAAUCGGACUCUAGCAGCUUUUCUGGGAGGACCUGGGAGAGCUCGGCUGCUUCUAACACCACAACGGCCGGCGCAGCCUUGUCUACACUUGCAGAGGAUGAUGUAUUGCCAUCAACGGAAGCGAAGAUAGGCCCGAAUACACUGCCCCAUCUGUCCUCGGAUUCGACCUUACCGGUGUCAAUAGCCCCAUCCGACAAUCCCUCUGUGUUACCCAAGCAAUCUUCGGCUCUCGGGCAGACAGCAGGUUCAGUGAGAGCACGGAGAAUGUCUGGACAGGAACUGAAGAUCGAAACUAGCUCUCGCCCAAGGCUUGGCUCUGAUGCUUCCGGUUCUGAAAAAUCAUCAGACCAGUUGACCAGCCGGCCACCGCCACUUCCGAAGGACGAGCCUCAGACGAGCCUGCCUAUCCAGGCAAGUAAGGGGUUAGAUCCUACUUCCGCCUUGCGAUCCGCCAUGCCCUCAAGCAAACGCAAUGCUUCCAUUAGCUCCUUUGCCGAAGACACAGCGGCAAAUGGGAAUCUUAGCAAGGCCCUAACUCAGGAUGACGACGACGCUGGUCUGUCACCACCGCCAGCGCGCCCAAUUGGCAAAGUGCCUUCUGCACCUGACAACCUGGGCAAGCAAAACCCAGGUCUUAAAGCGUUCCGGACGAGAAAUGUAUCGGUACCCAUCCCUGAGCCAUCUGCAGAUUCCCCUGGAACCCCGUCGAGCAGCGCGUUUCCAACCUUGGAUCUUCAUAAGGGAAUGGCAGCUGGCGUAGUUCCUAUCCUACCGACGCCGACCGGUGCCAGUUUUACACCGAAUGGUCUUCCCAGCGGCGGGUUGUAUCUCUUCGAUAGCCAUAUUCACUCUCCCACCAGCCCGGGAUGCCCUAAUCCCAUGGUUACUAAUGCCCCUAUGCCAUUAGAACCGUGUCCCGAGUCAUUUCUUCUGCGCCCAUUUUGGCUCAUGAGAUGCCUUUAUCAAACGGUGACUAACCCUCGCGGUGGUUACCUGUCGACCAAACUAUUUAUUCCCCGUGAUGUCUGGCGCGUGAAAAAUAUCAAGAUCAAAGCGGUCGAAGAAAAAGUGUCUAACUGUGACCUGUUAACGGCGGCAUUGCUGAAAUUAUCUCAGGUAGAUACCUACGAUGCUGAUGCUGUACUAGAGGAAAUGCAGUCACUUGAGAGUGUUCUCGACCAAGUCCAAGCUUCUUUGUCAAAAAAGUUAGGCAAUGAAGUUGGUGUGCAGGGGGCAAUGCCGCUCUUCAGAAGCUCCGCAGCCUCGGAUGAUACAGCCACCACUGCGGAAAUCCCGCCCUCGAAAGGUUCAAAUGGACCAAGCAAGUCAUAUUUGACUUCUUGGCGCAAAUUGCGAUCUAAGAAUUCAGGAUUUGGUGCUGCAGCAUCAAUUACCAGCUCCAAGGAAACCAGCAAAGAUAAUUUGACAAUCAGCUCGCUCCCCAUGACUUCUACUCCCGUCUCACAAUCCGAAAGACCCAACGUAACACAAUUACAAUUUAAUGGGCCCAAUGCAAAUUAUAUGGGUGCUUUAGCGCGGCUUUGUGAUGCAGCUCAAGUAUUAGAUCAAAUUGCCCAGCAAGUUGAAGACCCAGGGCUCAAACAUUCUUCACCAACCCUGGUUGGGUUGGAGCUGAGUACCCGCCAUGCCGCAGAGUUCUUCGGUUUUUACGUAUGCCGAUUUGCUUUGAAUGAUAUCAGUGUGAUGCUUGAUAAGUUCAUUAAACGAGGCAGUGAAUGGGUUCUUAUUUAA